AUGAUCACUAAGCCAUGGUCAUCAGAUUUUAAUUUCCAAGAGGAAAUUCUCAGGGUAAUUCCUGUGUGGGUGAAGCUCCCUAACCUACCUCUGUGUUGUUGGGGCAUGGAUUCUCUCAGUAGGAUUGGGAGCCUUGUUGGGGUUCCUUUAUUUGCUGAUGAGUGUACCUCUAAGCAAUUGAGGAUUUCUUUUGCUAGGCUCUUAAUUGAAGUUGAUGUUACUAAAACUGUCACCAAGGUUGUUCAAAUACAGGACUCUUGUGGUAGAACCUUCAAUCAGAAAGUGGAGUAUGAAUGGCUCCCACCUUUUUGUAAGGAAUGUCAAAUAAUUGGGCAUGAUUGUUCAGUUAAAAAGGGUCAAACAAGAUAUCAACCUGCUACUCAUGUUCAACCAGUGCAGAAAAAGGUGACUAAGGUCUGGAAACCAAAGAAGGUGGUGAAUGUUGCUGUUUCUGUACCUGAACCUGCUGUUCCUGAAGAAAUCAUUCCAAGUUUGAUUGCUACUACCCCUUUGAACCAGGCACAAGUGAGUGAUGUUCAAGAUGAUGGAUGGAGAGUAGUAUCCAGGAGAAGGAGAGAGUCUAAACACUAUGAUCAUCCUUUGGGAUUGGCUCAGGUUCCAAAAGUGGUUGAUGUAGUGGAGGGAUUUUCUAUAGAGGAGGAGGGUGAGGAUGCAGAGGUUGAGGAAGGAGAUAGGUAUCCACCAUGA